UGUUCUGGUACCAUCCGCGGAACCAAGUCAUUAGAAAAAAAUCACUAGCUCAAGGUCUCCAAAAUCUUUCCACCUGUCAACCGCCAUAUUCGCCAUUCAAAAAAAGAACCGCCGACAUACGAAAAGAUAAGCCGAGCCAGAAUAAUGUGGCGGUAACGUCAAAGGUACUCCAAAUAAAAAUGUGCCGUCCAACAGUUGUCGCGAAUCCGGCAGACGAUACAUACACGGGGAACCAGCCGUACGAGGAUCCAAUGGAUCGUCCUCGAAUAGUACGAUUUGAAUUUAAUCGAUCGUUAAUAUCGGUACCACUCUGACAAGAACUAUCUCAUUUGUGAAUCGAAGUCAGUGACUGGUGUGAAGUUGGUUUAUGUGAACUGAGUGGAGAUUGAAAUUGUGAAGUUAAAUUCAGAAUUGCUUAUUGAAGUUACCAAUAUGUAGGCGACUACAGCAGAAUGUACUACUUUGUAUUAAACUAGCAACAUUGUCUGUCUCGAGAAACUACGGACUUAUUUCAACUAGAUAGACCUUGACCAACGCAAGUCAUGAAAACUGCCCAGAAUUCCAGCGGUAAAGAAGGACUCUUUACCGGAACUUGGACACAAGUUUUCGCAGCUAUUGUGGGAACACUAUUUGCCAUCUGUGAUGGCAUGAACUACGGCUGGACAUCCCCCAUCAUCCCCUAUUUAGUGAGCGAAGAAAGCCACAUCAAGACCACGCUACAUGAAGCAGAGUACCUGGAAACCGCCCUGAUGGUAGGGUCGUUCUUCGGCCUGCCUGGUACCAUCUACUUCGUCAACAAGAUCGGGCGUAAGAAAUCGCUGCUACUAGCUGCAGUUGUCAAUCUGAUAUGUUGGAUCAUCGUUGGAUUUGCUGACACCAUGGUGUAUUUGUUUGUGGCCAGGUUCUUCUUUGGUAUGGCCGCUAACAUGUCCUUUGUGGCAGCUCCAAUGUACGUAGCAGAAAUCGCCGAUCAGAAGAUCCGAGGCUUCCUCUCCAGCAUCACUUACCUCAUGAUGUUGGUAGGAUUCAUCAUCGUCUACUCCAUUGGACCCUAUACACCAUUCUAUAUCACACCUGUAAUCGGAUGCAUUAUUCUAUUGAUAGAGCUUUCUACUUUCAUAUUCAUGCCUGAAAGUCCAUACUACUUACUCUACCACCAGAAGUAUGCAGAGGCCAAGAAAUCCUUGCAAUACUUCAGGCCAAACAGGAAUAUCACCGAAGAGUUAGAUGAAAUUUCCAAAGCCGUGGAACGUCAAAAAGCUGAACAUGGUCGCAUCAUGGACUUGGUCGUAGUACCAAGCAAUCGCAAAGCUUUGAUUAUAAUGACAGUACUAAAUGGAGGUCAACACUUGGUGGCUAUCAGUGUCAUUUUGAUGAACCUUCAUAGUAUCCUCCAGUCUGCAGAUUCGGUGUACAUGGAUUCAAGUCAUGCAGCUAUCCUGUUCUCAGUUAUAAUGUUAGUAUCAGCCCAAAUGGCAUCAUUGCAAGUAGAUAGAUAUGGUCGUAAAGUACUGCUUAUAGCAUCGACGAUCAUGACUGCAUUUUGCAUGUUAGCUUUAGCUAUCUAUUUUAAUUUAAAGCACAACCAGUAUGAUGUAAAGGGGAUAAGUUGGAUCCCCAUAGCGUCAGUUAUGGUAUAUGCCUUUACUUUCAAAAUGGGUUUAGGUAUCGUUCCUAUCAUAAUUACCUCAGAGAUAUUUACAGCUAAGCUAAAAGCGAUUGGUAUGACUAUAGCUGACGCCUGGUAUGUCAUAGGAGCUAUAGUUAGUGUUGAAAUAUAUCAGUCAUUGUCCUUAUAUGGAUAUCAUGUGCCUUUUUACGUAUUCACGUUUUGCAGUUUUCUCAUAGCAGCGUUCACUUAUUUUUAUAUACCUGAAACCAAAGGGAAAACUUUGGAGGAGAUACAGAUGUUACUUAAAGGUGAGGUAGUACCUGUAAAAAAUAGAGAAGAAGCGGAAAAAAUGCUGAGUGUUUUGUAAAACUUUUGAUAAUUCUUAUAUUUAUGAGAGUUGAUAGUAAUGAACAGUAUUUGUUAGCAGUAUUGAGAUGGAACGACGUUGAACAUUAUUAGUGAUGAACAACUACUGACUGUACAGCCAUUUUAUGGUGAAGCUACUAUCGAAGUAAUAAAAUGUUUCUGACAUAGAAUUAUGUAGUGUUAAAGUUUUAAACCAUUUCUGUUGGAGAGAUAUAUUAAAGAAUUUUGCAGGCUAUUGUUGUUUUUGUGUUUCAUGUAAUAUUAUUAAACAUGUACUGGGCUUAACUUGUUGU